AGAGGCGCACAGCGAUGCAGUGCAGAGCUCAAUUCAGCCUCUGCCCCGCUAUUGCGUCUUAGACCACAUUUUCGGAUCAAGCAUAAAUUGGCUCUUAGCCACGGCCUCGCGAGCGUUACAGAUGCGCGCCAACAGGUUUCAACAUAACAAGAAAAAUGGAUCUCUCGAAGAAUUCCGUUGCAAACAGGAGAAACGGAAAUGCAACCAAAGGGAAAAAAGCUACUCACAAGUCAAAUAUUUCACCAGCGAUCAGUAGACUCAUUCAAGACCCUUCAAAUCAUAUUCCAUUGGGACGACAACUUCAGAGGACGCCGCCAACGUUAGAGUUGAACAUAACUCGGCCUUUGAGCUGUAAAACACAUGUGCCGCAAUUUUGUCCCUGGCAUAUGUAGAACAAUCCAGGAGUGGAAAGCUCAUCCAGAAAGACUCACAGGUGUAAUUGAUGCAAAAGAUUGAAACCACCCCUGGGCAAGAACCCGUGUCUCCCGCGCUAAAUAUGACCAUGGACCUUUACACAAUCGAGCCUACAGAAACAUGCCGACGGUCUCGCAUCACUUCAAGCACACUCUGUUCAGGCAGUGUGCUGGAAGAGGACCCCUACUCAUUGAUAAGAGGCAUGCAGGGCUAUGAGGUUACCCCAGCAGACCUUGUAUUCCUGAAGAGAGCCAGACAGGAGAGGCAGAUCAAUGCCUUACAGAGAGAGCUGGAUGAGUUACUGAGGCAGCAGAGGAACCAGAUGCUGGCCAGGGAUCUGUCCUUGGCCUCCAGAGAGAAGAUCCAAACUGACCUUGAUAAGAUCCUGUCCUGUGAGCAGACUGUUCAAAUGGGGCAAGUGUUCCUCUCGAGGAAGCUGAGCUCAACGGAGGUAGAGGCCCUGGACUCCAAGUCCCUCCUGGCCCAGAUAAAGACUGCUGAUGUCCAGCAAGCUGUAGAGGAGGAACAAGCUGAGAUCACUGCACUAGAGGACAGCGUGGCCAGAGCCCUGGAGCUCAGAGAGAGAGAGGAGCAAAUACAACAGGAGAUUGAGAAUCGGAACAGAGCCAUCCUCACGAAAAAGGCAAACAUCAAGCAUCUGAUGAAGGAACUAUCAGAGGAGUCUUUGCUAGCCAUUCAAGGCAAGAUGGACACUUUGAAAUACACUGAAAAAGAGGAAGACACAGGUCCCCAGGAGGCAUUGCAAGUCGCCCCAAGCCAAGCAAAAGCUCCCAAGAAGGCACCCAAGACAAAAAGGAAUGGUGGAGAAACAAUUACCCAACAGGCUUCUCAUGUCCGAAUUAAAGCUGAAAAUACACCUACCAUAGUUGGAGAGCCACAUAUGGCCUGUGGUCUCAGACGAUCUACGAGAAUAGCUACAAAGAAGAGCUGCGUUGAGAAUAAGCCUGUUUUAAGGAAAACUCGCCCUGUCAAAGCAAGCAUUUCACUUUGAGAAUUUUUUUUCUCCACUUUUCCUGAAACUCUUGAUUUUUAAGGAGUUGUUUUCCACUGCUUGUUUGGUACUGUGGUUUCUAUCCAGUUGACAACAGAUUUUAAUGCAGAUAUUCAAAAGUCACAAACAUAUGCAUUUUUCCCACCAGACGUGCUUUCAUCAAACUGACUUUGUAGCGGAUAAGAUGUUGUGCACAUAACACUUUUGUACUUAAGUUUUCAUGUACAGAAUAAAAUAAAACAAGUUUUAAUGUGUU